GGAGGUUCAGUUCCUGGGUAGCCUGCCUGAAAUCGGGGGCUCCCACGCGGGCCUCGGCUCCGGCAGGGCUGGGAACGCCACGGGUUGUUCCUGGGCUCGCUCUCGCUUCCCUGUCUGAAGCGAAAUUCUUUGUGUGAGAGGGCAAGGGGCGGACGUUUCCUCCUCUGGUUCUGCAAAACGCCGUGGCUUCGAUAGCAGCUCGCAGAGGGAGGGCACAGCCGGCACCGACAAACUUCCUCAAUCCUCUGCUGCACGGUUCUGAGCGCGCCGGACAGCCGGGAGCAGCGCCGUGCUGGGCGAAACGCCCCACGGGGGGGGGGGGGGUCCCGUGUCUGCUGAGGGCCCCCCCCCAGCUCACAGCACCCCAGGGAGGCGGCAGCAGGAGGCGAUGCUCAGCCACGUGCAGGACCUCAGCUCGUCCUGUGCACAAGAUGAGCCACGGGCCCUCGGUGGGGCCCCCAGCAUGGCAAAACGAGCCGGAGCGAAGACCCUCGGCCAGCAGCUCCCUAUCUCCUGCAGCAGGCUGCUUAUCGCAGCGCAGCCACCCCCGAGGCUUGCGCCGUGUGCCCCCGCCCCCCCCCCCCCCCACCUUCCCUCCCCCACAGCCUCAGCGGACCAACAUCAGCCCGUUCCUCAGCCUCAGUUCCUCCCCUCCCAAACUCCACGAGGCCAAACCCUCCCGGGAAGGUCGGCGCAAGGCUCAUUGCUCCCCACGGGAAAGCCCCGCCGGGAACGGUCCAUCCCUCCCCGUGCCCAUCCCCAUCCAAGGCGGCACGAGCACGGCACGGAGGGCUCGCACACGCACGGCUGCUCCCCGCGUGAUGCCCUGCCUCCAGCCCUGCAUCGAUCCCGGCCCCGGGGGGACGCCCAACACGGCUGGAAGAUGCCAAGCCCUUCUCCUGGCCCAGUGUCAAGCCUGGAGUGCUCUUCGCCGGCAUCCCCCUGCCCCGUCGCCGUGGAUGCGUGCCAGGAGCACACUCUGCAGCCUCUUGGGUGCCAAGAGCUGCUCUGCUUCCCUCCUCCUUCUCCUCUUCCUCCUCUUCUUCCUCCUCCUCCCAGCACUCUCCCCACCAUCAUUCCCAGCCCAGGGACGCUUCGCCCCUGGGGGUGCCCCGGUCCCGGCUCCCCACGUGCUGGGUGCCCGCCCCCAAGGGAUGCACAGGAGGCACCCAGGUCCCACGGCAGCACCCAGCUGCACCGUGCACGGCCCAGACCCAGCCGGGUGCGUUGCAGGAUCCGGCCACAGCACCCAGCCCGGCGUGGGGCUGCCAACGCUCUCCUCGAGGUGACAAGCACGGCGUUUUGCCGACCGUGAGGCUUUUUGAGUCAUUCGUGGCAUCGCACAAGUGGGGAAACCGAGGCGCUGUGCGAAAACGAGCCUCCUGCUCUCACCCAUGGCAAAACCCACAGCAAAACGAGGGCAGACAGGGUCCGGGGGGGCUGCUCGGCUGGCAGGCAGCACGGGUGGGCGUUGGGGUCCCCCCCCAA